AUGUUCCCGACCGGCCCAAACAAGGAUGACAAGCGCAAAGAGAGACCCUUGAUCUCCUUCAACGUCCUGAAUUUCUCUAUCGUUAUCCACGACCCCGUCCUCGCCGUGCUCUUCGUUGUUUUGCUCGUCGUUGGCAUCUUGGCUCUCAACUUUUUCCAAGCCCGAGCUCGUCAUCUCCUGGGUCGAGCUCGAGUACGAUUUCAGCAAGUUCUACCUUCUCCGCUUGAAAAUGGCAUCCGAAGGAUUUUCCCAGGCCUCUUGCUGCCGACCCUUCCAAGACCAGAACCAGCGAUCAUGGCCGCACCGAGACAAGGACCAAUGAUCCUGCCCACAAUCGACGAGCCUCCCACAGUCGAUGAGCCUCCCCAACCGCGCCAGCGUCCACGACCAAGCCAGAUUCCAAGACGUCGAGCUAGACCUCAGGAAUACGGUCGAGCGGAGAUCGGACCGCCAAGCCCGGAACCAACUCGUAAUGCACGACCCCGAAGAUCGCUUCGCAAAAACAUCUUCAAAGGAGACUUUCCUGGAAAACUCGCUGACAGUCUCAACAUUGACAACGAAGCCGUGGGCAUCAUUGAAAAUCUUCUUCUCGCAGAAACAGACGACGAGCUCUCUCUUCACUCAUCCAGCGAAGAAAGCGACUCCGAAGAAAGCGACUCUGAAGAAAGCGAGCCCGAGUCGACCUGGACUCAAGGUCACAUUGUUGCUGACAGCGGUGAGCAGUACGGUUUGGUCUGCGACGCUUCUACUCAAACAGCUGAUUCUGGAUAUCUUUCCCUCAUGGAAGACUACCCGAUUGCCUCUCAUGAUCCCGUUUUCGACACAACUCCCGAAAUCAGCCCCAUUCAGCCAAGACUCAUGAGACUCAACGCAACUUCAACAGAUCCUACACCAAUGCUGAUCGAUAUCCCUGAUGAUGUUUCCCUUGGAACGCUUUUCGAAGGCAUGAUUGAGCCAGAAAAUCAAGACUAUGUCACUCUUGAGGAGCUAGUUAAUCAGCAAUCUACAAUGACCCCACCGAAAAGCCCAAUGCUGAUCGACAUCCCUGAUGGAAUCUCUCCUCUGCAAUCUGAAAUGAUGGAUACUACAGCUUGUGUCACACCACCAAGAAAAAUCAACCGCAACAAAAAAGCACGAAAGCCACGAUGCGCUCGACGAAUCUUUCCAAAAACUCCAUACAAAAAGCAAGUUGAAACCGAUUGA